AUGGGCGUUUGUGUUUGGCGUCUGGUGCCAAUUUUGGCCAUCUUGCUUUCUACGUUAUCAUUGUUGGCUCGACCGGUUACUAACGAGACUUGUAUCACAGAAAGAGAAACAGGACAUCAAUCAGCAGAUUCUGAAAACAAGGUACCUCCCCUCCUUUUCUCAUCAUGUCGGGCCCAUUGCUUGGAAGCUAACGAACUUGAAAGCACCGAUGAUCUUGCAACUGCUACGAGUGAGACCGACCUUGUCCAGCAGCUGGUCCUGCAAUUUUUGCAACAGGACGGCUAUGUCGACACCGCCCGCGCCUUUGCGAAGGAAAUUGAGGCCGAGAAGGAGGCCCUAAACAUUGACUCGAAGCACCCGGUGCGGGGAUACAACAUUGCCGACGACGAGGAUGCCAACAAGAGGCAGCGCAUCCGCCGCGCUGUGCUCGAAGGCGACAUUGACCGCGCGCUCGAGUUGACUAACGCAGACUACCCGACCGUGCUGCGCCAAAACGAGACUGUUCAUUUCCACCUGCAGUGCCGCAAGUUUAUCGAAAUGAUCCGCAAAGAAGCCGAGCUGAACAUCGUCGGCAGUGGCCAUGGGACCCGCAAUGCCAAUGGUAGCACAAAUGGUGCCGACCCAAGCCAGGCCGGCGGCGAUGCUGCGAGACAGGCCAAUGGCCACAACCCGCAGAUGGAUGUCGACGACGUCAUGAUGGUCGAGGACAGCGGUACGGCGGAGAGCCAGCCAGCGGACCAGCCGGUGAGCCAGGCGCUGGUGCAAAACGCAGUCAGAUACGGCCAGUAUCUGCAGAUCGAGUUUAACAGCGACAUGCGGCCGAAGAUUCAGAACGCACUGAACGAGAUAUUCUCUCUAUUGGCAUAUCCGAACCCGCUCAAGCAGCCGGAAGUCGCGCAUUUGCUGGACCAGCGAGGACGGGUGGCAGUUGCCGAAGAACUCAACUCGGCCAUUUUGUUAUCCACCGGAAAGUCGUCGCGGUCGGCGCUGGAGAACCUGCACGCGCAAACCAAUGUGCUCCUGGAAGACCUGCGGCAGAACGGCGGGCCGGGCUCGUUUGUGACGAUACAGGGCGUGUUGGACGGCAUCCCACAGCCCUAUACGCCAUAA